GGCUGAACUCAUGCAGCAAGGGAUUUUGGGCACACCACUUCGCAGCCCAGUGGGUGCGAUCUGGAAAUGCUGCUGGGAGUGUGCGAGUGGGAAGCACUCAGGGAAUGCCGGGGCCGCUGGGGGACAGACGGACAGACGUGCUCUGGAGUCUCGCCAGGAGCAAGUGGCAGACCUAGGGUAUGGCUUCGUCUUCUUAUUCACCAGGGGGAAGUGGGAAUCAUGGGGCUUUUCUUGGCUCCCUGAGGCUUCCGUUUUACGAUCUCUACAUAUCCAUCCAUCCGUGUCUCUGGAUUAGGACCUUGUGCGUUCGGUGUCUUCUAACAGAACGUGUGCUACCUGGGUCUGGCUUUGUUGGGAUGUAACAUAUAGGUGCUGCUUUUCUGUGAGGACAGACACCGUGGAGGGAAGGAGGGGGCAGGGCGGGAAGGACUGCAGAGGGAAUAUUGGUCUCUUCUUGAGAGGCUCGAGUGAUUGUGGGAAAAGGCAGAACAGAGAAGGGUUGGAGACCUUGUCUCCAUGGUUGGAUAUGGAAACCUCUGUGGAAAAGAUAGGGUAAACUGUCACCAAAAAAGAAAACCCCAGUAUAUAGUCACCCUAAGAAAUCUGAGAAAGACCACAGAAGACCUCCCUGUUAGGAUCAGAGGCUGAGGUCCUCAGCAGCUGUGAGAUGGUAGCAGACUAGGGACCCUCCGAGUGCUUCCCACCCCCAAGGCAGUGAAGGAGGUCGCUGAGAAGGGAAGGACACAGAGGUGGAGACUUGGACUUGAGGCAUGAAAUAGGCCUCCGGAAACAGCAACGGAAGUGAAAUCGACAGCAUCAGUAUUGCCGGGUCCUCAGGAAGCUCAGGUAUCCGCAGAGCCAACCUGCAUUUGCCGUCAUCUUUCAGGUUUCUGUAGUACGCCGGACAAUACCACCCCCUGCGAAAAUGCAAAUACUUCACAUCCGUCCUGUUUGAUCUAUUCCUCCCGAGGACACACGUCCACGGUGACUAGGGCCGGUCUUUUCCAUGAGCUAGCAAGCAGAUCCAGAGUGGUGAAAGGACAGCAGGUCUCAACUUGAAGCUCGCACUUCAGUGCCCUUUCUGGACUCUGACACAACAGUGCCUUUUUUUCUUUUUUUUUUUUAAUGCUUUCUCCCCUGUCUGAUUCUCUGCCUUCUCAAGGGGUUUUCUGAAAUCCAUUGAUGUGUGAGUGUGACGUUUGUGGGGGUUGGCUGAGGGACUCGUAGCAGGUGGAGAAAGAGGUUCCUGCACCCCCACGAUGCUUCUCUUGGCAGGUUUCCCCAAGAAAGAGCAGCUGAGUCCUUGCAUCUUGUGGCAACUGGUGUGCCCAGCACCCAGUCCGUCGGAGCUGAAGGCAGCCCGGCCCCUUCUCAUGGGCAGCGCCCACCUGUGCUGAGGUCCUGCGGGAGUGGCGGUGAGAGGAGCUGCGCCAUCAGUGGUAACUGAAAAUGUCUGACAGUCUGGAUAACGAAGAGAAACCCCCAGCUCCCCCGCUGAGAAUGAAUAGUAACAACCGAGAUUCCUCGGCACUCAACCACAGCUCCAAACCACUUCCCAUGGCCCCUGAAGAGAAGAAUAAGAAAGCCAGGCUUCGCUCUAUCUUCCCAGGAGGAGGGGAUAAAACCAAUAAGAAGAAAGAGAAAGAACGCCCAGAGAUCUCUCUUCCUUCAGACUUUGAACAUACGAUUCAUGUGGGGUUUGACGCAGUCACCGGGGAGUUCACUGGAAUUCCUGAGCAGUGGGCACGGUUACUCCAAACCUCCAACAUAACAAAGCUGGAACAGAAGAAGAAUCCACAAGCUGUCCUAGACGUUCUCAAAUUCUACGAUUCCAAAGAAACCGUCAACAACCAGAAAUAUAUGAGCUUUACAUCCGGAGAUAAAAGUGCACACGGAUACAUAGCAGCCCAUCCUUCGAGUACAAAAACAGCGUCAGAGCCUCCUUUGGCUCCUCCUGUGUCCGAAGAAGAAGACGAAGAAGAGGAAGAAGAAGAAGACGACAAUGAGCCCCCGCCGGUUAUUGCACCAAGACCAGAGCAUACGAAAUCAAUCUACACUCGUUCUGUGCUUGAAUCCAUUGCUUCACCAGCAGCACCAAAUAAAGAGGUCGCACCACCUUCUGCGGAGAAUGCCAAUUCCAGUACUUUGUAUAGAAACACAGAUCGGCAAAGGAAAAAAUCCAAGAUGACAGAUGAGGAGAUCCUAGAGAAGCUAAGAAGCAUUGUGAGUGUUGGUGACCCAAAGAAAAAAUACACAAGAUUUGAAAAAAUAGGUCAAGGGGCAUCAGGUACUGUUUAUACAGCGCUAGACAUUGCAACAGGACAAGAGGUGGCCAUAAAGCAGAUGAACCUUCAACAGCAGCCCAAAAAGGAAUUAAUUAUUAAUGAAAUUCUGGUCAUGAGGGAAAAUAAGAACCCCAAUAUUGUUAAUUAUUUAGAUAGCUACUUAGUGGGUGAUGAACUAUGGGUGGUCAUGGAAUACUUGGCUGGCGGCUCUUUGACUGAUGUGGUCACCGAGACCUGUAUGGAUGAAGGCCAGAUAGCAGCUGUGUGCAGAGAGUGCCUCCAAGCUUUGGAUUUCUUGCACUCAAACCAAGUGAUCCAUAGAGACAUAAAGAGUGACAAUAUCCUUCUUGGGAUGGAUGGCUCUGUUAAAUUGACUGAUUUUGGGUUCUGCGCCCAGAUCACCCCUGAGCAAAGUAAACGAAGUACUAUGGUGGGAACUCCCUAUUGGAUGGCACCUGAGGUGGUGACUCGAAAAGCUUACGGUCCGAAAGUUGAUAUCUGGUCUCUGGGGAUUAUGGCAAUCGAAAUGGUGGAAGGUGAACCCCCUUACCUUAAUGAAAAUCCACUCAGGGCAUUAUACCUGAUAGCCACUAAUGGGACUCCAGAGCUCCAGAAUCCUGAGAGACUGUCGGCUGUGUUCCGUGACUUUUUAAACCGCUGUCUUGAGAUGGAUGUGGACAGGAGGGGAUCUGCCAAGGAGCUUUUGCAGCAUCCAUUUUUAAAAUUAGCCAAGCCUCUCUCCAGCCUGACUCCUCUGAUUAUCGCUGCGAAGGAAGCAAUUAAGAACAGCAGCCGCUAGGACUGCAAGCCUUACCCCACACCAUCUCCCUCCUGAGUAAGACUGAACUGUGAAACUCUGCGGCAGGAAAGAGGGAAGCAAAGACAGUCAAAUGGGGUGGGGGUGGGGGUUCUUUAACUUUCCAAUGACUAGAAACUUCUUAUAAGCCUUUUUCCUACUCCCUCAGAUUAUGUAAUUUAUUUGUAAGCCUGAAUUGCAGCCCGAACCGGGCAGCAAUGUCGAAGCGGCCGUGAAGUGGCCACUUCUUCCGUGAAGCGAAAGAGCCAGUAGUGAAUCCCCUCGUUUUGUGCAUUCGCUUUGAAGAAAACAAGGUUUCUCAAAGAUGCACACUCCCUCUUCAUAGUGUCGUGUUCGUUUUUAAGUUAGAGAGUAGUCCCUCUUGCAUUCGAACCUCCUUCAAAACUCCUUACCCAAAUGUGACGUUCUUCACUUGCACUGUCAUGAGGUGUCCAGAGGAAAAAAAAAAAAAAAAAAAGAUGUCAAAACGUUUUUUUUUUUAAAGC